AUGGCGAGGCGGAACACAGUUAUUGGCACACCCUACUGGAUGGCACCAGAGGUGAUCCAGGAGAUUGGCUACGACGUUAAAGCUGAUAUCUGGUCGCUCGGCAUUGCCGCCAUUGAAAUGGCCGAGGGAAAACCCCCUCAUGCCCACGUUCAUCCCAUGCGCGCCAUCUUCAUGAUUCCCACCCACGAUGCCCCCCGUCUCCGCCGGCCCAGCAACUGGUCCGAUCAGUUUAAUGACUUUUUGGCGCACUGCCUUCAGAAAAAUCCCGACCUGCGUGCCUCGGCCCAGGACCUGCUAGAGCACCCCUUCCUGGCCAACGCCAAGCCUUCGCAGCAGACAAUGGCUGCCGCUAUUGCCGAGGCAGCCGAGAUUGUUCAGCUGCAUGGCCGUUACCCCGAGAAGGAGGAGGAUUCCGAUGACGAUGCCGAAAACGACAAUGACAGCCAGGGUGAGGGCCAAACCCACGCUCCUGGUAGUCAGGUGGAUUCGGGUACCAUGGUCGUCGGUGGUGCCGCCCCGGGAACCAUGGUGGUUCGGGAUGAGGAUGACUUUGUGGAUUCUGGCACAAUGAAUGUGCUCUCGGGGACCAUGGUGGUCAAUAGCAACACCGGGCCGGACAUGGGCACGAUGAACACCAUGCACGAAGAGAGCGACACCAUGCAGCGCGUUGUUCAGGACGUCGGCUCGUACAAGCCUGCCUUUAUGGCUCACUUUGAGAAGCAAGCCUCAAACGGUUCGGAUGAGGAUGAAGGGACAGAGGCGGUUGACACGCCAGCGAGUGCUCAACCAACAGCCACUUUGGAGGAGCUGCAGUCCAAGCUUGAGCUGCUGGAAAUGGAAAAGGAACAAGAACUGGACGAGCUUCGCCGCCUCUACCACGCCAAACGUGAGCCCAUCAUUCAAGCAUUACAAAGCAAGCAACAGGCACCCAUCCCUACGUCAUAG